GCAUUCCAAAUUGCACAAAAUAAAUAAGAAAUGUAACUUAAAUUUUCAAAGUAGCUCAUUCCAAAAUAAAGUCAAUAGCACGUGCAACAAUAAAAAUGGUUCAAAAACAUAAAGGAAAGCACAAGGAAUCAAAGCACUUUAAAAGAAAAAAAGUCGAUCAUACUGAAGAUGAGAAGAGGUCUGAGAGGUUAAACGCAAUCAGCAAAAAGAAAGAGGAAAGGAAGGUUGAGGUAAAACGUGACUUGGAGGAGAAACUCAGAAGAAGACUGAUUGUAAAGAAUUCAGAUUUGAAAAAGGAGGCAAAAGAACUAAAGAGGGAGCUCAUAAAUGAAAAGAAAUCCCUGAGUGAGAAGCAAAUAGUUCAAAUUCGUCAUGAAAUGAAAAAAAUUAUUGAAGCAGGUAUUGAGAAAGUAAAUGCUACAAAAAUAAUUUUUGAGAAGAUCAAAUUUAAUGGAAAGGACAAGAUCACUAUUGGAAGCGUUAAGUACACAUUAAAAUGUAAUGUCCACAUGGCUGGCUGGGGAAGAGAAAGUGUGAUGCUUGGAGCUUCUUUCGAAAAAAUAAUAGGAAGUCAUAUGAAAAAAGGAUUCUUAGUAGUACCUAAAAAAACAAUUUCUGAUAUGUGGAAUCAUCAGUCCUGGUAUCCUAAACUUGAUACAAAAAUCUCAUAUUUCGAGGUGGGCGAUGAUGGUCAACCAAAUGAAAAAACAUGGGUGGCUAAUAAAAAGAUAGCAGAGUAUUGUAAGAGUCUGAACAAAAAAGACAUUCUGGUGGUUAUUCUUUCCGGAGGUACCGACGAUCUCUUUUGUUUGCCGAAAGGCAAUAUUGGUAUACAAGAGAAGAUUCAUUUGUUAGAGAAACUGAAAGCUGCGAAAGCCAGCAGAAAAGAAAUUAAUACCAUACGGAAGAAACUUUCUCAGAUAAGAGGUAGCGGAUUGGCUCAACUGGCGUAUCCUGCAAAGGUAGUCACAAUAAUUAUGUCCGACGUUCCUGAAGACAAUAUCACUGAAAUAGCUGGAGCUCCAACUGUAUACGAGUCAUAUACUAAUGAUUCAAAUUUAAUUUUAAAUAAGUAUCAUCUACAUGAAAUUAUUUCAAGAUCAAUCAAAAAAAUCCUAGAAGAAAUUCCUGCACCUGGACUUAGUAAGAUGGUCAAUGAAAACGGAAAAUUUAAAUUUGUUGAUUAUCAUAUCAUAGCAGGAAUAUCAGAUGCCAUGGAAGGUAUGGCAAAGGCCGCCUUCCGAUUGGGUUACGUCCCAGUCAAAGUGAAUCCUUCUUGCUUGGGAACAGUACAGAAGAUGAGUCGAGAGUAUGCGAAAUUUGCAUCCUUAAUGAUCCUAGCAGUCGAAGGGAAGAUAUCAAAGCUGGAAUUACAUAAGUCUAUGAUCGAUAGUCCAAUACUAUCUCUGCCAGAAGAUAAAGUGAAAGAUAUUUUUCCUUCAAAGGAAAAAUGGGGAUUAGGUUUGUGUCUGCUGAUGGGCGGACGGCCUUUAGUCACUGUUGCUGAUAAGCAUGGUCGAGGCGGUCCGAAUCAAGAGCUUGCUUUAUACUUUUCUAUUUAUUGGUAUUUAAGAGUCAGACAGUAUCCAAUUUUGAGCAACUACACUGUUUGGUUUCUGGGAGGAAAUUCUUCUGGCAAAGAUGGAAAUACUGAAGUAGCUGGAGCGUAUGGUUAUGGUGAUCUUGCUAGUGGAGUUUAUAAUCAAUUUAAAGAAUUAACUGACCGUUAUAAUAAAGCUAACAUAAGGUUGAAGAAAUUGGUUGACGAAGAUCCAGAACACAUAGAAACAAAGGAAGCUUUGCAACUUGUGGAGAAUCUAGAAGAUGAAAAAAUAAAACUAUUAGCUAUAUUACCAGAUAAAGUUCUUAGAAACAACAAUGCCAAUUUCUUCUUUCUGAACAUUAACGGUGAUGAAGAACUACUGGAACUUGGAGACGGUUCUGGAAAUACAUCUACAAAUGUUGAAGACCUACAUAUAAUUCGGAUAGUGCGUUUUCAAUGUAAUUGUGAUGGUUCCUGCUGUAAACACAUUUAACAAACUACUAAUUCGAAAAUCUGUAACGAUAAAAUUUUCCCAACAACUCAAGAGGAAAUUCAAGGGAGAAAAUUGCAAUACUGGUCCACCCAAACAAAUCGUGUAACUAC